GAAAUGUGUUGGAAGAGUGAGUUGGUUGCACAGGACUCUGUCUGGACUGCUAAUGCUCAGUCUGCUUUUGCUGUGGCCAGGCUUAACUGACUCACUGGCUAUCCACAACAGAGAUGUGCGGUUGGUCAAUGGAAACUCCUUCAGUGAGGGCCGUGUGGAGAUCUACUAUGAUGGACAGUGGGGGACAAUAUGUGAUGAUGACUGGGACAUGGCAGAUGCACAUGUUGUCUGCCGCUCUCUGGGCUUCCAAGGUGCCACAGAAGUAAAGACAAGUGCAGCAUUUGGGGAAGGAUCAGGACCCAUGUUAGAUGACGUCAACUGCAUCGGGACAGAGACAUCUCUCACACAGUGUGGUUCUGCAGGAUGGUUCAACAACAACUGUGGACAUGGAGAGGAUGCAGGGGUGGUGUGCAUCAACAGAGCUGUAUACAAUCCUGGGACUUUUCUUUUGAAUCAUUCUGGAAAUUUUGCUGAGGACCUUGGUAAAUUAUAUGACAGCCAGCAAGAUUGCGACAUCAACAUCACAGUCAUUACAGCAGCAAGCAACUCAGAGUCCCGUAGUCGGGUGUGCGCACAUAGCCUGGUUCUCCGUACAAACAGUGAGGCCAGCAUUCUGCUGCAGCAAAAUAAUAACUCAUACAAAUUGCUGGUGGAAGAGGAGUGUUUGCCUAGUGUGAACAGCUUUCUCAGAUACUUCUACUCCAGGCAAAUUGAAAUCACCUUGGAUUCAGUAAAGUGCAUCCACAAGUUGGCUUCAGCCUAUCGGGUGCCAGGUCUGCAAGCUUACUGCCGGCAGGUCUUCUCAUAUAUUCUUCCAUUGGACCCCUACUUUCAUGGCCCGCUGCAGCUGUAUGAACAUAGCCUAUCUAGUGGCGAUAGGACCUUGCAGCGGCUCGUCCUGCAGUACAUGGCCUGGAACUGUGAGGACCUGUCCCACACUGAGGCCUGGUUGGGCCUCAAACCAGAUGAUAUGGAGGUUCUGCUCUCUCGUACUGAUUUGGUGAUUGAGAGUGAGUGGUCACUGUUGAAAGCUCUUGGCCGCUGGGCUCAGGCCAAUGGGCCAGGUAAAAUAACAGAAAGACUUUUGGAAAAGAUCAGAUUUCCUAUGCUUGUCCCAGAACAGCUGUUUAAACUGCAUUUCAACCUGACAUUGUACGAAGACUAUAAUUAUGUCUUCCAGAGGAAGAUUCUGGAGGCCCUUGAAUUCCACACAGUGCCAUUCGAAGUCUUUAGGCAACACAAACCCCAAGAACUCAAAAGUGAUGCAUAUGUCCCUCGUUGUUAUUUUGCUUCCGCUUGGACCAGGUACCUAACACAUGAACUCUUGACACAGCACAAUGGAUCUAGUGCCUUCCAGUCAUUUAAAACCUCCAAACACCCUAGUUUUCUUUUCAACACCCAAAACAUAUCCUGGUCCUUCACUUACCAUGACAUUGUACAGGGCUGCCAAAAUGAUCCCUUCUGCUCCUCAGACACUUUCCCCACUCUCCACCUUGCACCGACAGGUUCCCAAGAUGACACCAUCUGGUAUGAGAACAAAGCACUUGUGGUCUGCCAGGAUUUCUAUAUCAUAGAUAUCCUUGACCUUAAAAAUGGUACAGCUGUAGUCCCCAAGGCCAACAUGUUUGGCUUCCCUUGCCCAACUGGCUACACAGGCUUCCUGGCUCUGGUGCGUCCUGGUUACAAGCUGAAUGCGUAAAGAGGUAGGUAUUUCCUUCUUAGUGAGGUAGGAUCUGAGAAGAGCAGAAAUCUUUCUCUUGUGGCACAUCUGCUAACAUCCCUGCUUCUAUCGUUUUUCUGGUUUCCACACCUGUUCUAGAUCCAGAACUGUAACUUGAUUGCAAUGCUCACUUAAAGCAUAACUCUUAAAGGUUCAGAAUUUUUGUUCCAAUAGCAAUAGUGAGAGAAAUUCAACACCUGUCCAUGUGCCAAUAGGAUCUCAAGAUUCUACAGCAUUUUUGCAUUUGGCUGUGUGAUACUUCUGUGUAUUAUUUGGUUUCAAUUUGGAUUGCUUCAUGUAUGUUAAGCUCUACCUCUUCUGCAAAUAAUUUUUUGGAUUUUUAAAGCA